AGAAGGGGUCCCUGAGGACCAGGGCUGUGAACCAUUGAGCUACAGUUUCUAAAUUGUGAAGUUAAUAAAGGAAGCUUCCCCAAAAAUGCUGUCUCUGGCCAUGGUGGGCCAAGCAGGAGCCUAUAGACUUGUGACAGGAAUCUGGAGGAGAUUUAUGAAGGAUGGCAGAUGUUUCACUACCUCAGCUUCUCACCAGAAUGCUUCAUCCUCACCUUCAGCCAAUCAGAAAACCCCAUCCUAUAGCUAUGUAGUUAUUGGGGCUGGUUCAGCAGGCUGCGUCCUCGCCAACCGCCUCACAGAAGACCCACAGGAGUCCGUGUGCCUGUUGGAAGCCGGGCCCAAGGACAAGUGGUUGGGAAGCUCACGACUCUCAUGGAAGAUCCACAUGCCAGCUGCACUGACCUACAACCUAUGUGAUGACAAAUAUAACUGGUACUACCACACUUUACCUCAGGCCCACAUGGACAACCGGGUGAUGUAUUGGCCCAGAGGUCGUGUUUGGGGAGGGUCCUCCUCCCUUAAUGCCAUGGUUUACAUACGUGGGCAUGCCGAGGACUACAACCGCUGGCAGAGAGAGGGUGCAGAGGGCUGGGACUAUGAGCAUUGUCUGCCUUACUUCAGAAAAGCUCAGUGCCAUGAACUGGGAGAAAAUAGGUACAGGGGUGGCAGUGGACCUCUUCGUGUGUCCAGAGGAAAGACAAACCAUCCCCUGCACAAGGCUUUUAUUGAAGCAGGCCAGCAGGCUGGAUACCCCUUCACUGAUGAUAUGAACGGUAACCAACAGGAAGGCGUUGGCUGGAUGGACAUGACCAUCUACAAAGGGAAGAGAUGGAGCAGUGCCAGCGCCUACCUCAGACCUGCACUGGGACGACCCAAUCUGAAGGCAGAAGUGCACUGCAUGACCACCAAGAUCUUGUUUGAUGGCAAGCGUGCUGUGGGGGUGGAGUACAUGCAGAGUGGGGAGAAAAAGAGAGUGUUUGCAGAUAAAGAAGUGAUCUUGAGCGGAGGAGCCGUCAAUUCCCCUCAACUCCUCAUGCUUUCUGGUGUAGGGAAUGCAGAUGACCUGAAAGAUCUCGGUAUUCCGGUCAUUCAGCACCUGCCAGGAGUUGGUAAUAAUCUACAGGACCACUUGGAGAUAUACGUCCAGCAGCAGUGCACUCAGCCCAUCACCUUGUAUAAGGCGCAGAAGCCUUUCCAUAUGAUCAAGAUAGGCCUUGAGUGGAUGACCCUUUUUACCGGGUACGGAGCUACAGCCCACAUGGAGAGCGGAGGGUUUAUCCGCAGUCGACCGGGCGUCGCACACCCCGACAUUCAGUUUCAUUUCCUGCCUUCACAAGUCAUUGACCACGGCCGGCUUCCUUCAGAGAUAGAGGCAUAUCAGGUUCAUGUUGGACCGAUGAGAAGCACUAGUAUAGGCUGGAUGAAGCUGAAAAGUCCCAAUCCUAUGGAUCACCCAAUUAUCAAUCCAAACUAUCUUGCCACUGAUAUUGAUGUGUGGGAAUUCCGGCAGUGUGUCAAACUGUCCAGAGAAAUUUUUGCCCAGAGGGCCUUUGACCCGUUCCGCGGUGCCGAAGUCCUACCCGGUCCCCAGGUCCAGUCAGAUGCUGACAUCGAUGCUUUCGUCCGCCAGAAGGCCGACUCUGCCUACCACCCCUCCUGCACCUGCAAAAUGGGCACUGCCUCUGAUUCAAUGGCGGUGGUUGACUCGAAUGCGCGGGUCUUGGGUCUGGAGCGGCUGCGGGUGGUUGAUGCCUCCAUCAUGCCCAGCGUUGUGAGCGGGAACCUCAACGCCCCUACGAUCAUGAUCGCGGAGAAGGUAGCCGAUAUCAUCAGAGGUCGGCAUCCUCUCGCGGACCCAGGGGUUCCUGUGUACCAGCCUCCGACUCUUGAAACGCAGAGAUGAUCGGCAGACCACCGAGUGGCUGAUUUAACUUUAUAGUCAUUUAUAAGGUGGGAGCACCAGGGAGUUUAAUCAGCAAAAAUUAAAAAAUGUGACUAAGCUUUGUUUAAACUUUGAUUUGUUUACACAUUUUCUGCACCAAAAUAGUUGUUUCAAUGUCAAAGGAGUCAAAGGAUUUAACAUGUCAGUUUGAUAAUGUGCAGCCAGUCAUCAGAUUAGACUCUGGCAGCUGGGAUUACUUUGUAGCACUACACACAAGCACACUAAUCAUACGGGCCUCACCAUUCUAUAUGUAGACAUUAUUACAGUCUGCCUGAUAGCAGCUGUACAGUAAAUGCAAAUUAUUCCUUGCAAAAUCUAAACAAUCCCUUGAAUUUCCGUUUUUAACUAAUCGCUUUGUCAGCUUUGAAAAUGUGUUUUGGUUCAAAUCUACUAAUACUUCAUGAUUCGAAAGAAAUGCUGUUUGCAUCAACAUUUUUCAUCUCAAAUGCACAGUUAGCUUGAAUUGUUUUAAGUGUGCCUUUAUUAUCGCAGAGCAAUGAUGCAUGUGGAAAACAAAACCGGUUCAAAGCAACUUGUUUCAGCUUGAGGUAUUGUGCCCACGUCAAAUCCUGUUAGAGCUCUGAUUAACUAAACAUGUUUUACAGCUGCUCUCAGAUAAGGGCCAAAGUGCUGUGCAGUCUUUCCUCUUGUCUCUACCGAUCAGCAACCUGCAGCGCGUUGAAGCAAACCACUAAGCAGCACAGUUUUGGUGCCUGUGACCAAGGCAACUCUCAUCAUCCUUCCUGCGAACCUGUAACAGUUCAGUUCAGCUCAUUUUCAUAGGUGUUUGCAUGCGUUCCAAAUCAGCAGGAAGACGGUCGGUGCUUAGUUCCAUUUCAUGUUAACCUUAUCUUACAAAAAGGGAACUUUUUUAGAGCAAGAAGUUAACCAAUGUUAUCAGUAAAUCUGCUUCUGGUUUUAGGAACAGAUUAGUGCUGACUAGUUGGAGCUAUGGGGAUUAGACAAAGGCUGCCCAUUUCACCACUACUUUCUAAUUGGUAAAAGCUGCCACGAUACUAGUUUUGAGUUAUAAAUAUCCAUUUUUGACCAAAAUAACAACGGUCAAACAAAAUGGUGAACAGUAACAGUGAAAAAAGGAAGUAACUAAUCUAUGAACAAAACUAGCUGCAUUUUUGAAUUCUUAACACUAGCACAUCUGUUCACCCCACCAUACAAGGGUUCUACAUUUACCUGCUGCAUUUUAGAAGACACAAGCGGUUAAAGAGCAAAUAUAAUUUUUACAACUUUUCUUUGUUAGUUAGUUAUAUUUGUAUUUAUAUACCACCAGCCUCAAGGCUCUACUCUGGGGUUCUAGCUCACAGUAGAUACAUUUCCUUGUUUUAAGUUGAGAAAUGUAUGUUAAGGAAAAUGCAGCUGAAAGAAGAAAAAAAAUGCUGCUACAGCCAAUUAAUGGUAAAAUAUGACAUUUUCUUAGAGAGUAAACUUUAUGCUCAUUAACAACCUACAGUCACCUCUAUGGUCUGUAGGUUGGUGCUCACUACAUAGUUUCUGUGUCGCCAAACAUCCAUUCCACAUAUUCCUUGUAAGAAAAUGCUUUGGUCAGGAAAAUAUGAUAUUUGCCAUUAUUAAAGGAGCAGUUCUCCUUUACUUGCUCUAGACCAUUGCACAUGCAGAAGAUUUAACUGUGUUCAGCCUAUUUUAUUGUUUGCUUACCUUGGCUGCUGAGUGAGGCAGACUUUAUGUUGCUUUUAGUUUCCAAAUGGCUCAGGCCAACCAAUGGUGUGUAGUCUAUGCAGUAAUAAAAGCUAGCUAGAUAUCAAACAUGGCUAAUUCAGUUAAAAUACACUAAAAACCUCUAAAUGCCAAGUAGAUUUUUAAAAUAAUUUGUCCAAAUUUGAUUGUUGUUGUGAAUGUUAACAUAGAUGAUUUUGUUGAAAUUUGUGAAUAACUGAUUUAACUGGUUUAUAAAUAUGGUAUAAAUAAUUAUAAUAAGGUGUCUAUUAGAUUAUUCUAUUAUCAUGUCAGUGUUAAUGUCAGUUUAUGACUGAAGUUGAUUUUUUGUUUUUGUCUUCACUGAUGUCUUACAUAUUGAUUGAAGUCAGUUAAUUUGUGUUAUAAGCUACAAUGAACCUUAUCUUCUACAAUGACCUUUAUCUGGGUAUUGUUGGGUUUUCCAGCCAGUACCAAGUACUGUGACAGCUAUUGUUUACACUAUAAUGCAGUAUUGUGCAAUGAUGUAUUAAUCACUGUUUGCUUUUUAAUGAAGGAUUAAACAUGUGAAUCACAAAAGGAAAUUUUCUGUCAGUAUAUCAAAGCUUUUUUUUAUUUCAUUUUUUUGCUGUAUUGAUUGUCAACAAGACGUCCCGUCCUUGUCCUCUUUGAUUUUAUUUAGCGAUUACAAAAAUCACCAGAUGCUUUUGUCAUUUCAGGCAAAAAAUUCAAAUGUACAAAACAAGGAUGUUGCUUCUGCUGGUACAAAAUCUAGAAGGUACUAACUGUUAUGCUACAAAGUAGAUAAAGACAACUUUCAGAGUGUUUUUAUACAACAAAUAGUUAGAAAGCAGAACCUUCAAGUUCGUUCUUUUAAACAAUACAGCUUUUUACAACAUUUCAUAGAUUUCUGUACAGCAGUGGUGCAGUAGAAAAAAAUAAAGCUGUGUUGUGCAACCAA